AUGCGGACUUGGGUCACUACAGACUCGUAUCAGAGUCGAAAUGCUACAGCGGCGAAACCCAUGGAAAGAAAAAGAGAUCUUAAUAUGGUUACAGAAAACUUCAACAAACUUCAGGAAUACGCCGCGAAGGCGAAUUUUUUUCGUAUGAUCUGGAGGCCUUUGUUACUUUGUUUUCCACCCUCUCUCUUUCUCUAUCUUACCUGCUUCCCUGCAUCAAAUUCAGGCGAAUUGACGGAUCUGCGAACUGCUCUCGUUUCAAACAUAAAUCUGGCCAUCGUGGCAGUCCGAUUUAACAUUCAUCGUUAUCUGGACCAAACGGAUCCUGCCCUGUGGAAAAACAUUGGCGAAUUCGCCCAGGUUGUCCUCGAAGAACCCUUCAAACUCUGGCAGUUAGAGGACCAAUACAGUGGGCCAGCGCGGUCACUCAGCUACAAAGUCCUCGGUGACAUGGUGGAGGCCAUAAUUGGAGCGGUACACGAAUCACCCAUGUGGAACUUUUCCUUCGACAGGUCCAGCGAGAAAGUGCUGGUUGACGAUGAACAGAAUGGUGGUCGUGGCGGUGGAAACAGGCGGACGGUCUGUCGCAUCCAGGCCACUCACAAAGGACGCACAUUAGUGGCCGAGGGUCCGAACCUAAGAGCCGCCAAGUUGGCUAUUGCCCACCAACUGGGCGUCUCUUUUGGUUAG